AUGAAACGUUUUAGUAAUACUGUAUCUAUAUCUAUUCAUAAUGAUAUACCAGAUAUAGUACCCUAUCAAGUAUUUUUACAAAUUGUGUUUCGACUUCCAGAAGCAAACGCAAAAAAUCUCGUUGUAUACAGACAACCAUCGGAUAAUGGAGAUGCUUCAUAUGUUAUUCAGGGUGUGCGAAUGAAUAGUGGUUUACACAAUCCUGUUCUACACUCGAAUAUGUUGGUUGAAAUGGGUAUCACAACAAAUGAUGACGAAAAUGUUCUUGAUUUUAUUGAUCAUUAUCGACCAGAUUUUUCUAUCCGUUAUUAUACAUGCGAAUCUUUCAUCUUCACAUUAAUCAACAAUGCAUUUCAAUUGUCAGAAAAUUUAGAUCAUCUCAUUAAACUUCGUCUAGUUGUUACAGAUUUACAUAAUUUCUUAAGAUUCAAAAUGGGUGGUCUUUUACGUAAUGAGUACACCACAAAUGGACCUUUUUACAAAGCGGAAUUAUUGUCAUUAGAUAAACUUCAUUUAUUAAAGCAAGGUAUCGGAAAAUAUUUAACAUUUCAUUCAUUUCUAUCAACAACAAUAAACAAAACUCGAGCAUUAGAUUUUAUUAAUAAAACAGAAUAUGAUCAGAAAAAACAAGCCAUAGUCAUGUAUGUCAUUGAAAUGAACAGUCAAAAUGAUACGCAACAGUUAUUGCAACCAUUUGGAAAUGUUACUGUUCUAAGUUGUACAGCGCAUGAAAGGGAAAUUCUAUUUUCUAUUGGACAAGUUUUUCGAAUUCGUUCUAUUGUUCAAAAUGAAGCGAGUCAAAUUUGGACCGUUUAUCUUCAAGUACUUCAUGCGAAUGAAACAGAACAUUUGAAUAAUCUUACUGACUAUUAUCUAUCAAAAAUAGUUGGUACAGAGACAUUUUACAAUGGAAUACAAGCAAGAGUCAAUUUUGAGCCACUUACUAUCACAACAUUUGUUACUAUUGGGAAUUAUUAUUCUUCAGUUCUUGCGAGAAACUAUGAUAAAGCGGAAUUUUAUUAUCAAAAAUUUUUAGACGAAGAACUUGAAUCACCAGAUGAUUUUGAUUUUCAAAAUCAACCAGGAUUUUAUUAUGGUAGAGUUUAUCGUCUAUAUUAUUCAGCUCACAGUUACAUUAAUCUACAAUUAGCUCGUAUACGAUGUGAACAAAAAACAUAUGUAGAAGCUGCAGAAUACAAUCAAAAAGCUCAGGAAGCAUGUUUAAAAAUAUCAGAGAAUGCUGGUCAGCAGACUCUUUUAGCACAAAUUUACAAUAACUUAGCUCAAAUUUUUUGGGGAUAUACUCAGCAAUAUGAUCAAGCCACAAGACAUUAUCUGCAUGCAAUUCAAAUGGAUAGAAACAAUGUAGAAACAUUCAUAAAUAUCGGCUUAACACAAACAGCCGCGAAAGAGUAUUGGUAUGCUCUGAAUUCGUUUUCAAUAGCAUUGUCAAUGAUUCAGACACGAAAUGAAACAGACUAUCUUUCCUACGGACUUAUCAAACGUAAUAUAGGACUAAUUUAUGAAAAAUCAGAGCAAGGUCUUCAAGCAUUAUUAAGUUAUUGGGAAGCCGAAAGAAUUUAUAACAAAUCACUUCCAUCCAAUCAUGAAUUUCGACAAAUAAUACGUGACGACAUAAAACGUGUUACUAAAAUUGUAACUCGUGUGCAUGAUGAUUUAUGA